AAUGACGACGAUAUAUUUGAUACUUAAAUAAUUGAACCUUGUUAGAUAAAUAAUAAAAUGUAUUCUUAUACAUAAAGUAUAGAAAAUAAUACACUUAUAUAUAAAUCAUUGUUCUGAACAAAAAAUUUGAAUCAAUCUUAACUAAAUAAUUUUUCUUUGCAACUGAUCCAAUUUAUAGCUGUGUAUACUUGUAUUUUGUUAUUCAAUUAUUCUAUUAAUUUAGAUAAGUUGGAUAGGAGUUUUUAUUAUACAUUUGAUGACAACAUUCGUGUUUAUUACUGAACGAAUCCUUUUUUUCUGCCCAAUAUGAACGAUUCUACACAUUCAUUAUCAUCAUCAGAUUCUGCUUCAUCUGCUAGUUCAGCAUCACUAUCAGAUAAUUAUUUAACAAUAUCUGAAAAUGAUUUAAAUGAAAAUAUAUUAGAAAAAGAAAUUGAAAAAUGCAAUCAAAUGAUCAGAGUUUCUAAAGAAUGUAGUGAAAAUAGAGUGAGGCUUGUGAGAAGAUUAGUGGAAUUAAGAUUCAAAUUAGUGAUGACAACUGAAAAAAAAGCCAUAGAGAAUCAAGAUCUUCUAUGCGAAACAAAAGUAGUAUUAGGCCAUCAUUUAUCAUUCAUUUGGAAACCUAGUUGGUUAGAAAACACGUUCUGUGAUGUAUGUACAAAGACUAUUUGGAUAUAUGUGCACCAAUUUUAUGAAUGUACAGAUUGUGGAUAUUAUUGUCAUGUUUUUUGUGUGGAUAAAAUCAAAAGAGUAUGCUCUGCUGUAGUAGCGAGUGAAAAUUCUAUGAUUAUUAAUGUAUGCCCAUACAAAGGAUUAUUGUUUCAAGAUUAUAAAUGUGCUGAAUGCCAAACUUAUAUUCGUAUUCGAAAUAUAAAAGUAUCUCCGGAAGAUAGAGUAUCCCUUGAAGCCCGUUUGUGUGACUAUGAUGGCAAGUACUAUUGUCCCUUACAUCACUGGAAUAAUACUGCUUUAAUACCAGCCCGUGUAAUUUGUAACUGGCAAUUUGAACAGCAAAGAGUGAGCCAAGCAUCAUUUCAGUUGUUGAAAUAUAGAUAUGAAGCAAGAAUUUAUGACUUGGAACUACAAAAUCCAAAACUUUUCAUGUAUCUUGAAUCACUAACUCAAGUCAAAAAUAUUAAAGAGAAUUUAGUUAAAAUGAAAAAAUACUUAGUUUCAUGCAAAUAUUGGAAUGCUUGUUUGAAAAGCUUACCUUCUCGAUGCCGUGAAUUGUUGUACAAAUGUAAAUUAUACAGUAUGAAAGAUAUGAUUGAGAUAAACUCAGGAAUAUUUUUAGAAGACUUAAGCGAAUUAAAAGCCAAAUGUGAGAAACAUAUUCGAAGUGAUUGUGAAAUUUGUAAAAAUCAAGGAUAUAUUUGUGAACUUUGCAAUAGCGAUAACAUUCUAUUUCCUUUUGAUGAAGAGGCUCAAAAUUGCAAUAAAUGCCAAAAUAUUUAUCAUAAUCAUUGCUGGUGCAAAAGAGAUUUUUGUCCGAAGUGCAAAAGAAUUGAAGAACGAUUAAAAACUCAAGAUAUUCAUACUGAAAUUAGUUGAAAAAUAUUCGUUAAAUUAUUUUAUCAUAAUUGAUUUUUACAUUAAUAUUAAUAAAUUUAUCUUACGGUUGGGUUAACACUUAAAAUUUUAAAACUGCAUAACUCUU